UAUUGGUUAUUUGUGUUAUAAUUUGCUACUGAACUGAACCGACUGGUUCUACAGGUUUAUAGAGGCUCAUAGCGACCGGACGGCAAGCUGCUGCUGUAAAACUCCCAUGAACUGACUGACAGCCCGUCCAGCCAGACUUGGAUUGUAAACUGUUGGACAAGGUAGAAACUCUGGGGAGUUUUAGGUUUGUCUCCCCAUGACAACGUGUCACCAUGGUGACUGCGGCUCCAACAGUGAUGCCGAGCGGCGCACCUCUGAUGAUGAGAAAAUGGAGAAUGUGGAGCCCGCUGAGAUUGGGCCGCUGUUGACAACUCCAGCUAAAGCAGAGAAAUCCAGAGGUGCAUCUGCGUUUCCUGAUGAGGAUGAAGAGGAAGAAGAGGAAGAAGAAGGUUUGCGGGUGGUUACACUGCCCAUGCAGGCACACCAUGCCAUGGAGAAAAUGGAGGAGUUUGUACACAAGAUAUGGGAAGGACGUUGGCGAGUUAUUCCAUACCAUCUCCUCCCCGAUUGGCUGAAGGACAAUGAUUACCUGCUGCAUGGACACCGCCCACCCAUGCCGUCCUUCCGUGCCUGUUUUGGGAGCAUCUUUAGGAUUCACACAGAAACUGGAAACAUCUGGACACACCUGCUGGGCCUAAUUCUGUUCCUGUGCUUGGGCACUCUAACAAUGCUGCGGCCGAAUGUGUCAUUCAUGGCGCCCGUGCAGGAGAAGGUGGUUUUGGGGAUGUUCUUCCUGGGUGCAGUGCUUUGUUUGUGCUUCUCAUGGCUUUUUCACACCGUCUACUGCCACUCGGAAAAGGUCUCCAGAACUUUCUCCAAGUUGGAUUACUCCGGUAUCGCUUUGUUGAUUAUGGGCUCAUUCGUUCCAUGGCUGUACUACUCGUUUUACUGCUCUCCUCAGCCACGGCUAAUCUAUCUAUCUGUUGUAUGUGUGCUGGGCGUCGCUGCCAUCAUAGUUGCCCAGGUUGACCGAUUCGCCACCCCUCGCCACCGGUGCACACGUGCAGGUGUUUUCCUGGGCCUCGGUCUGAGUGGGCUCAUUCCCACAAUGCACUUUACCAUCACAGAGGGUUUUGUGAAGGCAACGACAGUUGGUCAGAUGGGCUGGUUCUAUCUGAUGGGUGCCAUGUAUGUCAGUGGAGCAGGACUGUAUGCAGCACGGAUACCAGAACGCUACUUUCCUGGAAGAUGUGACAUCUGGUUUCAGUCUCAUCAGAUAUUCCAUGUCCUGGUUGUCGCAGCGGCAUUUGUCCAUUUUUAUGGAAUCUCAAACCUGCAGGAAUUCCGCUAUGGUCUGGAAGGAGGCUGUACAGAUGACACUCUGCUGUAAAAAAACAAAACAAAUCGCUUGAACUUUGGCCGGUGCCUGCUCACGUCACAAUGAACCUGGACCCGACAUAAUAAUGAUUUAAAGAUUUGUAUUAUCUCUGAGGAAUUUUAACAUACAGUAUAUUUAAAUAAGAUUUUUAUUUGUUAAGAUACUUAUAAUUAUUGAUAAAUGAGGUAGUCUUGUGUUUAUAUUGUUCUUUACUAUUUCAGUACAGCACAUCAUUUAUUGUAAAUCACUGGAAUGAGUCAUAAAGCAUUGCAGAGGUCUUCAGAGACACUACCUCCUCCAACACUUCUUUUCUGACAGUUUUCUGAUCUACUGAGUGGUUUUUCAUCUAAGGUUUGAUUUACUGAUUCGUGGUUCUGUACAUUGUAAGAAUUUUAGGGAAGACACACGUGAACAUGCUUAGUUCUCGGUUUCCUCAAACAUGUUUGCAUGAUCAUUUAUUAACUUUUGACCUGAAAUGACCCAGAGCUUCAGGAGUGGGAUUCACAUUGGGGCACAUGCAAUUUUAUCUUUUGUUUGAGUGAAUCGGGGUUUCAGUCCAAAAUACUUGUUUGGUUUUGGAAAUCAUAGAAAUCAAGAUAUUUAAAAAGAGCAGAAUAAAGAUGAAACACCAAGAA